AUGUUCCUCUUCUCCAAAAAACUCAAGACCCCCGUCAGCACUUACACCGACUCCUAUCGCCCACCAUGCUCUGUCCGAAAGACCAUGAAAAGCCAGGAGAUGAUGAAAAGCAUGCAGGAAAUGGGAGAAAACAGGUUCAUUACACAGGGUUUAUGGUCACCCCCACCACAAGUUCCAGCAAUCCAGGGUCAGCCUGAGCAUCUGAUUAAGUCGGUGACACAGGACUACUACAGAAACAGCAUCGAUAACUCUGCCUUCUGUCCUGACAGCCGCUGGCUGCCCCAGUCUGAAGAAAGGUACAAGCCACUUUUUGUCAACGACCACAAAUACAUUACCUGGAGAACAGGUCCGUACAACACUGCAGCCUGGAAUAAGCACUCCUGUUACCUUCCUUUCCUGCCCAAGGAGACAAGGAUGGACACCUUUCUGCACAGCAUACCUGUGCUGUACCCCCCAAAACCCAGAUACCUCAAUCAAUAUGAGAGGGGGGCAGUCACCAGUGUUCUGCACAGGCUGUCACAGUGCGCACCACCAUCCCUGCAGCCUGUGUACACUUUGACUGGGAGGGGAACCUUCGAGGGCUACUACAGCCCCUGUUCUGGUCGCCACUACUUCCUGCAAGGGAUAGAUUACCACCCUGAUGGGAUCCCUGCCAUCAGAACACAUCUCCACUCACUAGGAGAUAAAGCUGUAAGGAGUAUGCCGUGUUGUGGUUACAGCCCCAGAGCGAUCUUCUGUACCUCUACAGAUUGCAUCCAACCAGCUCCCUACGCGAGCCCUAGGUGGGACACAAGCCACUUCUUCAGGGUAGGAGGAAUCCGGAGAAGCAGCUACCACAUCAACCCAGAAUUUUUCUCAGAGGCUCACUAUGUCCAGCGUCCCUGGUGAAGAGCAAAGAUGUCC